AUGUCGCACGAGCACGUCGUGGUCGUUCGGUUCAGCGAGACGGACGGACAAGGCGUGGUGUUCAACGGCAGUUAUCCGGUGUACGCCGAUUGCGCGUUCGACGCGUGGUUGGAGCGGGCGAUGGGGAAAGACUGGGCGUGGACGUGCGGGCGAAGCGUGGCCGUCGCCGCGAGCAGCAAAUGGAACUUUAAAAAGUCAGCCAAGUUUCUGGAUCGGGUGCGGAUCGCGUGUCGAGUGCCUCGGUGGGGAACGACGUCCUUUGACGUGGAGUACGUCGGAACGGUGGAUGGGGGCGCGUGCUUCGAUGGAUUGGUGACGUACGUGUCCGUGGACGCGGAAACGCGGAGACCCACGCCGGUGCCGCGGGAUUUAAAGGAAGCCCUGAGCGCCACGCGUUCGAAGAUGUGA